AUUCAACUCUUUCACACAUUUUUACUUCGCCAUUCUUUGAUUUCUUAUAAACAUUCAGCACUCCUUGUAUGGCGAUUUUUAUCUUUCUUAAUUUGUAAAUAUUUUCGUUACGCACCGCGAAGAAGGAACCGGUAAGAACAAGAAGAUCAACGCGCGAAACGAACCGCUUGCAUUUCUGUAAAUUGUCCGCUAAUAAACUCAAGCGAAAUCUGAAACAACUUUCCUCUGUAUUCGGCAAUGGCUGUAAACUUAAAGUUGAGUUCGAAAGACGUGAAAAGCAGCCUCAAAGCCCCGAUCAACCUCCAGUACAUCCCUGCGUCGAUCGGUGGUGAUGGGCCGGCUAAUCUGGAGCAGUUUUUCACACCGUACACCGAAACGCAACCAGAUGGAACUCUGCGUAAUGCACUCCGAGGAUAUCCGCUGCAGGGGAAAGUAACGACACUUUCGGAAGGCUAUACCGGUGUGAUGUUUCAGGAAACGAAAAAACCACUCUCCGCAGACGAUGAUCGGACACUUACAUUUGCUGGAGCAUUUCGGGAUUUUACCUACUGGAACUACGAUCGAAAUCCGUCCCGGAACGAUCCACUAGCUAAGGCGCUUACCUGGCUACAGCUGUCGGAAGUGUUGCAUGAUGAUGCAGAUGAGCAAGAUGUGAAGCAAGAGCAGACAGACGGAACAAAAAAUGGCCAUUGAAUCGAGCAACUUUGUACAGAUAGUUGUGUUGUAAUAUACCUCUAUUUAUUUUCGAUCUGUCUCGUAUUGGGUGUGUAUGUCCAACGGAAAAGAAUGCUAAAAUUAAACGACUUUAUUACACCGA